AUGGGACUAGACUUCUUCCGCCAACAAUUGAAGCUAUCAUAUACACUCAAAAUUGGCUAUGGGCGGGUAAAAAAGGUUGUGUUAUUGAUGGUGAUGAUGUACAUUCCGAUGAAGAUGAUGAGGGACUUGAGGGAGGAUACUCGAAUGUCAGUGAAUAAAGAGUUGAAGGAAAUUAAUGGAUACCGAAGAUGUAGUGAAUUGGUGUUUUAUAUUUGUAUGAAUCGGAAAGGGAGGAGAAGCAGUACUCCAUGUCCAAGACUAGAAGAUGUUCCUGAGUUAUUGCAACAUAUACAAUCGUGGUUGCCCCUAGAAGAAGCCACCCGCACCAGUGUCUUGUCCAAAUCAUGGCUACAAGCUUGGUCUACCAUCCCUACCCUAAGGUUUUAUGUCCUCAGUGAACACGAAAUAAUAAAGCAAAUGACGUUAAAAAGAAAGCACAUGAAGUUGGUCGACGUGGAGCGCACUCUGAUAAGGUAUCUCCGUGACAACUUACAAAUCGAAAAGUUUAAUCUUAAAAUUGACAUUGACAACCAGGAGUCUGCUUCUCUUGCUGAAAAAUGGAUCCAAAGCGUAGCAACCAAAAGUUGUCUUAAAGAGCUUUCCCUCAACAUCCGUCUUUUGGGUGCCUCGUUACGUUUGCCAGAUGAGAUUCUCUCGGGUGAAAACCUAACUAAGAUAAGAGUUUCAGCUUCUUCGACGAUGGUAAUCCAUUCUGAUUCAAUGAAAACUUCCCAUCAUCCGAAAUGUGUGUCCCUACGAGAACUGCACUUGCAUGAUGUGCUCAUAAGUGAAGAGGUACUCCAUGACAUAUUGUCAUCUUGUAACUUGCUUGAGGAGAUACACCUUGUUCGUUGCUCUGGGGACCUCAAUGCCAUCAGGAUUAAAAACCUUCCUUGUCUUUACCAUUUACAUAUAGUUACAAAUGAUGGCGGCUCUACUGCUUUGGAAAUCAAUCACGUCCCAAUUCUUCGCGUUUUUACCUGCAAUGUGAUUAUGCAUGGACGGUCUAAACGACCAUUGAUCAACGCCCAUUCGAUAUCAUUAGGAAGCAACGUGACAAAGUUAACAUUAUGCAGCGGUGUGUUCAUCGACAAUGCAUCUCUGGACAUGAUGAUCAAUUCGGGACUACAUUGUCUUGAGAGUUUGACCCUUGAUUUGACAUGUUGGACGUCGAAAACCUUUUAUUUCACAUCUGCUUCAAUCAAGAGAUUUUCCUUGCUGGACUGCCCACAACUAGUCGACGUGGUACACGUUACUGCUCCAAAAUUACUUUUUUGGACCUUUAAAGGCGAGAUGAUGCCUAGGCUCUUGUUUCCAGACUCUACUCUUGAGGAAAUCGAGUUUCAGCUGAGAAUUACGAUUCCUCGUCUAAGUGCUUCUUUUUUCCUUAACAUGAGGAAAGCAGUCGCGUUAGCAACCAAAUGCAACAUUCAUAUAGACAUCUCCUACAAAAAUCAUGACCUGCAACCAUUUGAGAUCGACAUCGAUGAUCUAAGAGCUAGGCUCCCAUUUCCUCCUGCUAUAAAUGUGGUCGUGUACCUUAGGACCAAUGGCGAUGAAUGCCUGUGGGAGCGCUCCGCUUUUUUUGAUGCAUUCUUUGAGAUUUGUCAUCCGAUCAGGACGUACAUACAAGUGCAGACUCGCAGUUCCAACACAAGAAUCACUUUUGCAGGCUGA